GGAUCUGUCCAGGUCAAAGUGGUGUAGAUAUCGAUUAAGAAGCUUUUUGGGGUCCUGUAUGCGAUCGUUAGGGCGAUAGAUAUCGAAAAUCUGCAGCUAGAAGCGAUAUGAGCUCGUCGAGUAAGGAGCGCGAGCUCAAAGUAUUGUCAUUCAAUGUUUGGGGCCUUGCAGUCGUAUCAAAAGAGAAAACACCUAGAAUACGUGCCAUAGCAGAGGCUCUGAGAGGCUCCGAAUAUGACAUUGUAUGCCUGCAAGAGGUUUGGGUCUACAAAGACUACGAGAUCAUUCGGAACUCUGUCUCGGACAAUUUGCCAUUCUCUAGAUUCUUCCACACCGGAGCUCUUGGGUCUGGUCUUGCCAUCUUUACUAGGUUUCCCUUGAUCGCUGCUCAGGCAUUCCCGUAUUCCCUAUCUGGGUCACCUGCCCACGCCAUAGAUGGCGAUUUCUUUGUCAAGAAAGCGGCGGGAAGCGUAGUCAUCCUACAUCCUGUCCUGGGAGAGGUGGAGAUCUGGAAUACCCAUAUGCACGCGGCAGGAGAAAAUCCACCGGAUACCAGACAAGCUCACCGUAUCGCUGAGAGCUGGCAACUCGCCAACGCUAUUAGAUCAAGCGCCGCGAAAGGUCGUUACGUACUCUGUAUGGGAGACUUCAAUUCUCAACCUUGGUCCAUCCCUAUCAAUAUCAUGAGACACCACGCAAACAUGUCAGACUCGUAUCUGGAUGCACAUCCAUCCGCCAAUGCUGGGCCGUCCGUCGUAGAUGCCAGGGUCGGCGUCGAAGAGUAUGGGAUGUCUUGCGACUCGAGACUGAACACAUGGUCCGCUUCAAAGCCCAUACCUCAGAAUAUCACCGAUCAAGGAGGCAAAAGGCUAGACUACAUAUUCCAUUGUGGACCCGCCGUGGCUCGUCGGAGACCUUUAAUCUGGGGAUACAGAGAUGACCCAGAUUCAGAAGCUGAGGGAUCCGGAGGUCAGACUUCUUACGAUGCUGAUGGGUGGCCGACCGGUGAUGCCAAGCUGGAACAGGGCAAGUCGAUCCCUCACAGUGUGCAACGAGCUCCAAUGUUGCGGUGCACAGAUAGUCGACUAGUAUUCACAGAACUCGUUCCUGGACACGACUUUUCCUACUCGGAUCAUUUUGGUUUGACAUCAACGUUCACAUUUGAGCACACGCAACAGAAUGGAUCCGGUAUCAACGGUCCUGGACCCACAGCUUCAGCCAACAGCCACGAAUCGGCCUCAAAAUCGACGUCAUCAUUCACCCCCCUCGUCCCUUUAAUGUCCACCCACGCUGAACCAUUGACCGAGGAAUCCAACACCUACGCUCCAGUUAUGCCUGCAACCUCAUCCUCGCCUUCUUCUCCGCGAACUUCAACGUCCCGGACAGCGGCUCAGACGGACAAGUCCCAGAUCAUCCGAAAAGCCCUAGCUACGCUCAGAGAUUACACCCGAAUCUCUCAGAAAGGGGCUAAGAAUCAUCUGCGCAUAUUUGUUGUCAUUGUCCUGGCACUCAUCGGUCUAACCAUCGGCUCAGCAUGGCAGCCUAAAUCUUGGAUACAGCCCAUCUUUACACUGCUUGGAGGAGCGUGCGGUGCAGCAGGAGCGACAUUCCUCUAUACUGGCUUCGUCUGGGGAAAAUGGGAGCUGGGUCUCUUGACAGAGACCAUGGAGGAGAUGGAGCUGGAACUGAGGGUAGUGGAGAUGGAAGAGAGGCCGGCUUGAUGUGCCUGGAUGCAUACAAUCUUUGCUUAGAACCCUUGUCAUGUAGUAUGCCGAUGAUAUAUUGGACUGCAUAGUAAUUCAUCA